CAGGCACACAGCCAAGGCACCGCUGAGUGUGAUACUCCUGCCUGAUGUAAUCACCAUGAAAACCGACCCUCUCAGUGUGGACUGUUUUGAAAAGCUGAGCACAGUUUCUGUUCCUGUGACGGUCACUGCCACCAUCUUGAACACCUCCGAGCACUUUGAAGUUGCGUGGAGCUAUAUGGAGAACCAGGAAAGUAAUCCCUCUAACAUUUCUGAUGGAGAUAACCUGGUCUACACUUUCAUCGCUAAUGUCGUUUGCCAGAAAAUCCCAGAGGCACAUAGGGUUUCUGUCUCUUUUAAGAAUAUCAUGAAACAAAUAAAAGUUGAAGAAGUGGUCAUCCCAGUAAUUUAUGAGGGUGACAUAUUUUGUAUAGGAGAAUCUGAUUUAAAUGGAGAUAUUUGGCCAGAUGCCCCAGGUGGAGACACAGUGAUUAAUACCACAUGUGCAAAGGGCAGGGUUGGCUUUAAGUCACGCACUUGUGAAGGCAGUACCUGGCAGCCUGUGUUCUACUACUGCAUCAACCAAGAGUUGGAAAGAGUUGGAAUUGAGGCAGACAACUUCCUGAGGGGACUGAAUGCUACCCAGGAGAUGGCCAUGAAUAUAUUUUCAGGACUUAAGAACAGUUCUUUAAUCACGUCUGAUCACAGUGACUAUAUGGCCGACAUUAACGCCUCCAUCAAUAUUCUUAAUGUGAUGGACAAUGCAUCAGAAUAUUUUCCCUUGCAAGCUGACGUCCUUCCUGAUCUUAUGAUCACAGCAAGCAAUAUGUUGAACAAUUCCUGGUUUGGGGUCAACCAAUCUGUCAUUCACCAGAUGUCAUCAAACUACCUUGAGUCUGUUGAGGGUCUGGUGGAGAAUAUCAAGGUCAACAAGAGCGUUCAAAAUAUUUUGGACAAUCAAAAUAUACAGCUCCAUUUUUGCUCGAGUCGUGAAUGCAAUGUGUCUUUGUUUGGCAUCGACCUGAGUCUGAACCUGACCACCGGAAUACUGAAAACCAUUGCCGUGAAAAAUCUAAUGGAUAAAUUAAGAAACAACUUCCGCGAAACGGUGCCUAUCAGCCUACUAUUAUCGGCCACAAUUCAGGACAACAAUGAUUCGACUUUGCAAAUCAGACUGCAGUACCCCCAGGAGGAGCUGAAUUUCACUAAGCCUUACUGCGUCUUCUGGAACACCACAGUGGAGGACUGGUCAGAUGUGGGAUGCGUUGUUGUCAAACCUAUUAAUGGUAACCACACAUUCUGCAAAUGUGAACACCUGACUUCAUUCUCUGUCCUCUUUGCCAAAGAAGAUAUAUCUAAUGAAGUCCUAGAUAUCAUUACCUAUGUGGGCCUGGGUGUGUCCAUCUGCUGCUUGCUGAUCUUCCUCACCGUUGAGUUUCUAGUGUGGUCAGCUGUGGUCAAGUCCAACCUUUCACAUUUCCGUCACACAGCCAUCGUGAACAUUGCCACGUUCCUCUUGCUCGCUGACUGCAGUUUCCUGGCCUCUGCCAAGGGAAUUGGUGAAACCUGGUGCUUUGCUCUGACAGUAUGCAAACACUUGUUUUUCUUGAUUAUGUUCAGCUGGAUGAUGUGCUUGAGUGUCAUGCUCGUCCACCAGCUCAUCUUCGUCUUCAGCCCGCUGAGGAAAAGAGUCUUCAUGUUCCUCUCCAGCAUCGUAGGCUAUGUUUGCCCAAUCUUAAUCGUGGGAUCCAGCUAUAUGUAUUGCAAGUACACCGACAAGCGAUACUAUGAAAAGAAAACAUGCUGGCUGGUUUUUGAAAGACUCUUGGAGGGUUCUAUACAUGCUUUCCUGCUCCCUGUUGGAGCUGUGAUUUUUACAAAUCUCUUUUCCUUGGUGGUCGUCAUUCUUACUCUUGUGAAGUCCUCGGCCCCUGAAGGCAGCAAGGCGGAUGACAAGGAGACAGUCAAAGGCAUCAUUAAAGUGGUGGUCUUUCUAACGCCUGUUUUUGGACUAACAUGGAUUAUUGGCUUCGCCCUGCUCCUUUUGAACAAGGACAAUCUCAUGUUUACUGUUGCUAACUACAGUUUCACCAUCCUUAAUUCCUUCCAGGGUCUUUUCCUCUUGAUUACUGGGUGUUUUGCAGACCAGAAGGUUCGAGAGGAAAUGUUAAAGCUCAUAAUGGCAAAAACAAAAAGAAAGAGUGGGAGCAUGAAGAACUUGACUUCAACGACAUACGCAAAAGAAAAAUAAAGACGGAGAUCGUGGAGAUGGACACAGCAGCUCCACUUGAAGCCAACGACUCUUAGUCAGCCUUAUGUUUGAUUAUAGUUCCUAGACAGUUACAUACUAUUGGUAUAUUGAUAAUAUAGAUGAAUGUCCUAAAAAAAUGUUGAGUUGUUUAUCGUAUUUUUAUUUACAUUUUCACACAGGGAUUAAUAUGUAAAUCAAGCUAAUGCAUGCAAUUUGUUUAAAGGGUUUAGCAGAUACAGAUUAUGUUCCAUUAUAAGUGCCAAAUAAGUGUAAUACAAUACUAAACUGUCACUGUAUAGCUUUAACUGACUCAAAUCACAUUAUUGGAUGUUUUGCAUUCUGUGCG